AUGGAAAGUACUUUUCAACAAAUUUACAGUUUAUCUUGUUUUUAUGCUUAUUUUGUGUUCUGUAACAGGUGUGGCCAUUGCAAAAAGCUUGCUCCGGAGUAUGAGAAAGCUGCAUCUGCAUUGAGCAGUCAUGACCCUCCCAUCAUUCUAGCAAAAGUUGAUGCUAAUGAAGAAAAGAACAAAGGGCUUGCAGGUGAAUUUGAGAUUAAGGGUUUCCCCACACUUAAGAUCUUGAGAAAUGGAGGGAAGAAUAUUCAAGAUUACAAAGGUCCUCGGGAUGCUGAAGGUAUUGUUGCUUAUUUGAAGAAGCAAAGUGGUCCUGCAUCUGGUGAAAUAAAAUCUGUGGAGGAUGCUAGUGCUCUUAUUGAUGGCAGUAAGAUUGUCGUUGUUGGGGUGUUCCCAGAAUUUUCUGGAGAGAAGUAUGAGAAUUUCACAGCUGUAGCUGAAAAAUUGCGGUCUGAAUAUGAGUUUGGUCACACUUUGGAUGCAAAGCUCCUGCCACGUGGAGAAUCAUCAGUUACUGGGCCAGUAGUUAGGUUGUUCAAGCCAUUUGAUGAACUUCUUGUUGAUUUCAAGGAUUUUGAUACGGAUGCUUUAGAGGAGUUUGUUGAAGAAGCUAGCACUCCUGUUGUGACUCUCUUUAAGACACUUUCAUACAUCUAA